GUGGGAAAUCAGUAGUGAUGAUUAACAAUAUUUCAACAUUUUACCUGCGUACAGCUUCUACCAAAUAUUUCCCAGUUAACUAAAGACUACCAACCCAUUUAAAAUGGAUCUUCCACAUCUGUUGAUAUCCAGCUUCAGUUCCACUGGUGCGUUUGACCAGGUUGUGGCCAACAGUUCUACUCUCACGGCACACUGGGGAGAUAUUUGGUCCCGAUUUUCCCAAUGGCUUUCACGGCCAGAUGUCCUCGCCAUUAUUACCGCUUGGUGGAUUACCUUCACCGUCGUGAUGACUAUCAUAAUGACCCUUGGAUUUGGACCCGGUGGAAUUAUUGCCGGCUCCAUUGCAGCAGGAUUUCAGUCCUUUAUGUACGGUGGAUUCACGCCAGCUGGUGGAAUUUUUGCCACUUUGACGAGCAUGGCAAUGCUGGGCACGUUCAUGUUGCCAGUUGUGAUCUUCGCGUCAGUGCUUGCAACUGGGGUGGCGGCAGUAGUAUGGAAACUCGGAGUGGGGAAAUGAGCAUUUUUGAUCGCAAGAUAUCUUCUAAUAGAUAAUCUACGAGAAGAACUCAGUCAUCCUUUAGGGAGAGGUAACUGCUAGGCUAGGCUGAGUGUAAGGUUGAGGAGAAGACUAUUGCGGUCUGCAUAUGCCAAUCGUUUUGAGAUCAUUUGUCAAUGUUUCCGAAAGUAUUUUAUAGAAGGAUGAAUUUUCAAG